CGUCUCGAGGCAGGGGAACCAAACGAUCCCAGAGCAACGUGAUGCAGCGACACGCGAUGGCGACACAAAAGACCAGUUAAUUUUAAGAUGCUCGGGAUUGGUCCAGCGCUCCACAUUACCGAAGCCCUGAGCUCCGAGUUGUGGCCUGCAGGCGGCGACACGGAGCCCCAUUUCUGUAAAAACAACAUCUCACCUUCUUUCUUUAGUCCAAGUGCCGGAGCACGUUUGAGUAACCAUGGAGUGCGUUCGCUGUCAUGUAGUUCGGCGUUAACACGGCGUGAAUAGCAGGAGAAGGGGGACUUUCGCGUGGAUCCGAGGGAGCCACGGUCGCGCCAUGGCUGCACGGGAGGAAGGAGAGGCUCUGCACAGCAAAAUAAGGCACCACGACGGAGCUGGAAGUGUAAACAGCUCAGAGGGUUUUAGGAACGGCUAUGUGAAGAGCUGCGUCACCCCCCUUAAACAGGACCAUCAGAGGGGAUUUUUGCUGAACGUCUGCAGGUUUUGCAACGAAGACAUUCUCAAUUCAAAAUUGUUAAAGGUCUCUGCCCUCUACGUCGGCGCGUUUGUAUUUUUCGCGGUUUCUCUUCUCAUUUCUAGGAGCUUGCAAAGUGACUCGCUUUGGGAUUUGCGGACUUUUUUGUGGGGCUUCUCCCAGUCCGUCAGUCCUUUAUUCAGCAUAGGAUGUGCUUUCUUCUUUCUAACGUUUUACCUGAGGAGGAAAAAGAAGGAGAGCAGCAAAUGCUGGCUCGUCUCGCUGCCAGCGUCGUGUUACCUCGGGGAUUUUUUGGUUUUGCGGUUUUUGCAAUGGGGAGAGGACCAGCACCAGAUGCAAAUGGUGGGCAGGUUGCUCUUCGUGUUGGGAUGUGUGGGUCUGCUCACACUGAUCCCCACGCUCAAACUCAAACACAGUGUUCUCAUACUGGUCUUUGCCAGCGUUGUGUGGCUUGUUUCUUUCACAAGUUUGAGCGGUCUGCCCGCACUGCUCAGACCGCUCUUCGCCUGCUUUGCGGGGGUUGCUGGCUCCCUGUUGGGGCUCUGCUUUGACCGUUACUACCCGUCGAGGGACGCGCCGAGCGGGAUUUCCAGCGCCGAGGAAAAGGUCCCCGUGAUCAGACCUCGGAGAAGGUCCAGUUGCGUUUCCCUGGGGGAAACGUCGACGAGCUAUUAUGGCAGUUGUAAAAUGCCCCGCAGACCCUCGUUGCCCUGUAUAUCCAGAGAACAGAUGAUCUUGUGGGACUGGGAUUUGAAACACUGGUACAAACCACAGUAUCAGGGUGCAGUGAGCGGCAACGGCGUGGAUCUUUCAGUCAUCAACGAGGCCAGGAACCUGGUGUCAGACCUGCUGAUGGACUCGUCUCUGUCGCCACACACCAUCUCAGCUCUGCGCAGCAUCUCCAGCCUCAUGGGGACGUUCUCGGGCUCGUGCCGCCCCAGGGUCAACCCCUUCACCCCCUUCCCAGGUUUCUACCCCUGUGACGAGGUGGAGGAUUCUGUAGAGAGGAGUGACAGGAAAACCAUUAAGGGUUUGAGCAGCAGAAACAGCCUCCCCACUCCUCAGCCCAGGCGGAGUUCCACCUCCUCCUCAUCCUCCGCACUCCCUCCUCUUGACUCCACCUCUUCACGCUGGGAGCGCAACAAUGGCAAGAGACCCCACCCCGACCUCAACUUGACUAGCUCAGGUCUGUCCAAUGGGCCCAGUGCAAACCUGCUCACCAUUCCCAAGCAGAGGUCUUCCUCUGUUACCCUCACCUACCACGCAGGGCCCCGGAGAGCAGGCACAUCUCCUAGCCUGAGCCCGGUCACCUCUCCAAGCCACAGUCCCCCCGCAGUACUUACGGGCUCCUCAUCGUCCCACUUGACUCGAUCACCGGUGGAGUUCCCCGACACAGCUGACUUCCUGACAAAGCCAAGUGUCAAUCUGAACCUGCACAAGCCCCUGGGCUACACCCUCAGCUCACCUGAUUUUCAGCAGGCUUUCCGUAGCUCCGCCCUCCCUCUUUGCACCAGCUGUGGUCGUCAGAUGCUCAAGGGAGCUUCCGGUGGUGAUACUGGGGAAUCUCAUCAACCAUUUACCAGUGAGGCUCAGCGCAGGCGAUCAGGAGAUGAAGGACUGGAUUGCACGGGUGAGCCUCUGAUCAGGGAGGAAAGCGUGGAGCUGGACGUGUCUGGAGACAGGAAGCCAGACAUCACUGGGCAGGCGGAGGAGGAGAAGGAGAAGAGCCCGAGCACUCAGCAGACUCAGGAAUCAGAGGGUGAGCAGGAGUUUAGACUAGAUCCUAUGCUGGAGGACCACGAGGCCCUCAUGGAGAGGAUGAACACUUGGAACUUCCAGAUCUUUGACCUGGUGGACAAAACCGGAGGGAAGACCGGAAGGAUACUAAGCUAUGUGACAUACACCCUUUUCCAGGAUACGUGUCUGUUUGAAAUUUUCAAGAUCCCGGUGAGGGAGUUCAUGACAUACUUCUGCGCUCUGGAAAAUGGCUACAGGGACAUUCCCUAUCAUAAUCGAGUCCAUGCUACUGAUGUGCUCCACGCUGUCUGGUACCUGACCACUCGACCAAUCCCUGGGUUCCAGCAGAUCCACAGUGAGCAUGUGACAGGAAGCGACACAGAUUCAGAUAGUGGGAUCUCUCCAGGCAGGAUAUCCUACGCCUCUUCCAAGAGCUCCUCGAUCUCAGAUGACAGCUAUGGGUGCCUGGCCUGGAACAUACCCGCCCUGGAGCUCAUGGCCCUUUAUGUAGCAGCUGCAAUGCACGACUAUGACCACCCCGGUCGCACAAAUGCCUUUCUAGUAGCCACUAAUGCACCUCAGGCCGUGCUGUACAACGACCGCUCAGUGCUGGAGAACCACCAUGCUGCGUCCGCCUGGAGCCUCUACCUCUCCCGGCCCGAGUUCAACUUCUUGGUCAACCUGGAUCACGUGGAGUUCAAGCGUUUUCGCUUCCUUGUCAUCGAGGCUAUACUGGCCACAGACCUCAAGAAGCACUUUGACUUCCUGGCUGAGUUCAAUGCCAAGGUGAAUGAUGUGAACAGUCCAGGAAUUGAUUGGACCAAUGAGAAUGACAGACUGCUGGUAUGCCAAGUGUGUAUCAAGCUGGCAGAUAUCAAUGGACCAGCCAAAGUCCGUGACCUGCACCUCAAGUGGACAGAGGGCAUUGUCAAUGAGUUUUAUGAGCAGGGAGAUGAGGAGACUAGGUUGGGACUACCCAUCAGCCCCUUCAUGGACCGCUCCUCCCCGCAGCUGGCCAAGCUACAGGAGUCCUUCAUCACCCACAUUGUAGGACCGCUUUGCAACUCCUACGAUGCUGCUGGCCUUCUCCCUGGCCACUGGAUUAAUGAGGCAGGAUCAGAUGAAGACGAUGAGGAGGGGCAGGUGGACACAGAUACGGAUGAAGAUGAGGAUGAGGAAGAUGAGCUAGAAGAUGAGCUGGCACCAAAAAGGAGGAAGAGCCACCGCAGGUUGUUCUGCAGCAUCAUGCAGCACCUGACGGAGAACCACAAGGUGUGGAAGAAGAUCAUCGAGGAGGAUGAGAAGAGCAAAGAGCUCGGCAAACAGCAGCAGCCAGACAGCCUGCCUGCCAGCCUGCCCAUCUCCCCGUCAGAUGAAAUCCAGGUCAUCCAGGAGGAGGAGGAGGGAGAAGAGCGUCAGUAGCAGGAGGACGGAGGGAAGAACACAGAUGCGUGAAAAAGAAGACAAAAGGCAGUGAAAGGACAUGGGUCCCUUGACCACCUGCCUUUCACUGACAUAAACACAAACAGAAAUGAGAAACACACACAGACAGCUGACAAAUGCACAUAAAACACACUUUUCUCCCUCUCUUUCUCACACACACA